GACUCUACAGCUCUCUAAGUUCACUAUCCGAGAACCAUUUUGCUAACCACUCCUAAGCUAUUUAGAAGCUGAGAUUGUUAUUAGGGUUAACAACAUUUUAAUUGACGUCGUUUUGAUUUCAUUGACUAGCUGGUUCAGCUCCUAAUAUCAACGGAUCACGUGACAGCAGGGUUCAUCUGAGAAUCGACUUCUUCGCAAUAACAAUUGGAACCAAUCUGACCACACUGGCCAGCUCAGGACUGGAAAUCAGUUGUCCUGUCACUGGAUUUCCCAAACCUUCUAUUCAGUGGUACCGAGAGGGUGUCCCUGUAGAGCCUGGUAUGAUGCUUAAUGUGGAAGAGGACACAGGGACACUAUUUACACUAAGUAUAUCUCAUCGGAAAGGAGGAGAGUUCACGUGCAAAGCCAGUAAUCCAUUGGGAUCGGACAGCGCUUCAUCUUUUGUUACUGUACUUGUUCCGGGAGCACCGCAGAUAAACGUAUCCCGUGUGGCUGUACGGUCCCUGGAUAACCGAGAACCCGUCUCUAUAAGAAUUGGACAGGCAUUGUCUGUCCUGAGUGGAACUCAAGUAUCCAUUGAAUGCCACGUGAGUGGGGUACCUCAGCCAGAUGUCACUUGGAGUCGGCAAGAUAACAACAUGGGCACAGAUGGUCGUGUGCUCGUCAAGGACUCGGUUUUGAUAAUCACAAACGCGACUAAGGCGGAUACCGCUGUGUAUCUGUGCAAAGCUGUGAACCUUGCCGGAGAAGUUGGGGCCAGUUCCAUGGUAAAUGUAACAAAAACCUCUUCGCCCGUAAUCUCUACCGCUGACCAGUCUUUGCAGAUCCUUCAAAGUGGUUCAUUCAUUGUGGAUGUUGGCUUCAGUGUCACGAUAGUCGCUCGUAACGCGUUAUCCAUAAGAUGUAACGCAAGUGGUGUACCAACGCCUCAAAUCUCUUGGAGUAAAGAUGACAGAUCACUGGAUACCAGAGGCUCAUUGUACACUAUAAGUUCACUUGCUCUAUCCGACUCUGGUCGGUACCAGUGCACCGCAUCCAACAUAGACGGAGCAGAUAACCAAGAUAUACGGAUCAAUGUCUUGGAUGGCAGUGCACCUAGAAUAACAGGUCCAAAGAUAAAUAUCGCUGCAAUCAGCGGAGAAAAACAAGUCAAGAUAGUAGUUGGUGGAAACAUAACCACUAUCAUUGGAACCAGUGUUGAAAUCCACUGUCCAGUGACAGCCCUACCCAAUGCAACGGUCACGUGGUUGUUCAACGGCUCGACAGUCAAAAAGGGAAAUCGUCGGUUACUAAAGUUGAAGAGUUCAGCACUCACCCUAAGUGAUGUCACACCAGAGGAUAUUGGUUCUUAUACCUGCCGUGCCAAUAAUUCUUAUGGAAAGGACACAAGGACUACGUUCAUGUCUCUUAUAGUGUCCUCGAUAUUUACUCAAAAAAUGUAUAUAUGGUAUACUUNCCGUGCCAAUAAUUCUUAUGGAAAGGACACAAGGACUACGUUCGUGUCUCUUAUAGUUCCAGUUGAGCCGAAGAUCUUGUCUUCAAAUGAAAACUUCAAGGACUUUAAAUCAGUGAGACACGAGCUCGUCGUUGGUGAUAAUCUGGAGACUCUGGAGGGGUCUGCGGUAUAUGUACGCUGCCCAGCUACAGGCAAUCCUGCUCCCAAGAUAACAUGGGAGAAAUCUGGCAGUUUAGUUCUCACCAGCAGCAGCUUGCGGAUUGUGAAUAAUACCCUUGUGCUGUUGAACGGUACAUGGUCUGAUAGCGGUACCUACUCGUGCACGGCUAGUAACGGAGCAGGAUCCGACGAGAAAUCAACUUACCUUAAUUUCAUGGUACCAGUGAAGCCAUUGAUCAGAGGCGACCCAGUCGAUGUCGAAUCGUAUAACGGACAGCCAAUAACAGUAGCCGUCGGCGGUACUUUGAAAGUUCUCAUGAAGACCACUGUAAACUUCCGGUGUGUGGCAUCAGGGAUUCCCGAACCGUCUGUCUUUUGGAACAGCAGUAGUAAUGACAUGCAACCAGCCAACAAAUUUGACGUGAACCAGGAGGGGCGUGUACUGACCAUUCAUGACGUUAACACGAGAGACUCUGGAAAGUACACGUGUAGCGCCAUCAACAAGGCUGGCGAGGACACCAGUGCUGCUGUAUUGGAAGUCGUUGAGCCCACUCUCCCUACAAUAGUCUCAUCAGACGCUACUCUUUCAUGGUAUAACAGAGAAUCUAGAACACUUCCGGUUGGAGGCAUAGUGGAGGUCCUGUCCGGAACGGAAGUGACGUUAGCUUGCGAGUACUCAGCGUUUCCUGAAGCUGAUGUUAAGUGGACUGUUCUGGAUGAAGAAGGUGAUCCUUUGCCCGACGCAGGAUAUGAGAUUGUUAACGGCUCACUUGUACUCAUGGCCUUACAGCUCUCAGAUUCAGCGCAGUAUGUCUGCUCCGUAACAAACGUGGCAGGAACAACUUCUGCGUCCACAAUACUUAAAGUCGUAGAUCCCCAGCCACCAUUGAUCAGCUCUUUGCAAGACAGCGUAGUUUCUUUAUCGGAUCGUACUCCUGUGGAAGUUAGCGCGGGAAGCGUCGUCACUGUUCUCUCUGGCACGCGCAUUACCGUCACGUGUUCUGCUGUCGGGACGCCUACUCCGUCAGUGGCCUGGAGCAGAGGGGAGGAGCUGAUUCAUACGUCAUCAGAAGGCAAUAUGACAGCUGCGCAUACUGGUAUCCUAACAAUUGAUGAUGCCUCUACAAACGACACGGGAGAUUACCUCUGUACCGCCAUGAGUGAAGUUGGAGUUGAUCAGGAGUCAACGAAAAUUACAGUCAUUGAGCCUAGCAAACCGAUUAUUCGGCAACCGGAAGAAGAGAAGAUCCCCCUUACCAACGACACUUUGGUGCAGGUGUCUGUAGGAAGUGACGUAACAGUGCUAACACAGACUCGCGUCAAUGUCACUUGCGAGGUCAGCGGUGUACCAGAACCGACGAUCACGUGGCUAAAAGAUGACAAGCGAAAGGAGUCUGAGGAAAACAGUUACUUGGUAUUGAAUAUUAGGAAUGUGGAGGAUGCUGGUCAAGUCACUUGUUAUGCCAAGAAUUUGGCGGGGAAUGCCUCACUAAGCACAAUCAUUGAUGUUACUGAACCAGUUGUUCCUCGUAUUACAUCCGACUCUGGCACAAUCGAUGCAUUGGACAAGCGUCAAGCUGUCUCGGGUUUUGUUGGUAUGACUGUGCAGACGUUCACAGGUACCUCAAUAACUCUGAAAUGUCAAACUGAGGGAUCUCCCACGCCGGUUGUAUCCUGGAGCAAGAACAGUCAAACACUCGAGUCCGAGGGUAGAGUCUCCAUAUCUGGUGAUGGAACUUUGACCAUAAAAAGCACUCGAACGCAAGACACUGGGCGCUACAAGUGUACAGCCAAGAAUGCAAUAGGAGAGACGUCUGAAGCUUCUUCUGUUUACAUUCGCACACCCAUGUCUCCAAAAAUACGGAAAUCCAAGGCAUAUAUCAUCUGGUACGAAAAGCAGCCAUUCAAAGGAAAAAUUGGCGACAACUUAACAACACUGAAAGGCAGAAAAUUAACGCUGACAUGUCCUGCUGUGGGCCUACCAAAACCUACUAUCACGUGGUACAGAAGUGGUAUGAGAAUGAAAAGUGGUAAAGACUAUCUUGUGAUUGGUCAAACACUGAUCAUGUACAAUCUGGAUCCUAUGGACACUGACCGGUACACAUGCGUUGCAAGGAACUUCGCUGGUGUCAGGACUGCCACUACUACCUUAAAAGUUCACGAACCCAUGGCCCCUGACAUCAUGGCAACGUACGGCAGUGAAGAAUCCUUACAAGAUCGCCGACAUUUCAAUGUUACCAUUGGAAAGGAUAUCUCCAUCUUGCGGGGAAGUCCUCUGACCCUGAAGUGCCCUGUGGUUGGCGUGCCAGAGCCCAAGAUAACCUGGAUAAAAGAUCGAAAAAUGCUUUCUUCUAAUGAUCGCAUGAACACGGACUGCAUUGGCACACUGGACAUCCACAAGGUGGAACUGGAAGAUUCCGGGGACUACGCCUGUUCCGCUCAAAGCUUUCUAGGGAUGGACAUAGCGUUUAGUUCUGUUACGGUUUAUGAGGCUGUCAAACCUACUGUUGAAAUUUCUGGUAGAGUGUAUGUCAGCGGUGGCGAUCUUGUAGACAUGCACGUAGGCGACAACCUGACUGCUAUUCUGACCACUCCUGUCAAAAUAAACUGCACAGCUAGAGGAAUCCCCAGACCCAAAAUGACUUGGAAAAUGAACGGACAACAGCUGGGCAAUGGUGGAAAUUACAAAACUGAUAACAGUGGUGCAUUGGCUAUCAAGGGAGUCGAAGAUCCAGGAGAAUUCAAAUGUAUUGCGGAGAACUUCGUCGGUCAAGACGAUGCAUCGAGUUUUAUUUGGCUUUUAGAUCCUGAGCGGCCUGUAAUCAUCACUCCCGAAGAGACAACAACAAUAGAGGCCAAAGACCGAAGUCCCAUCACGUUGACCAUUGGUGAUAACCUGACAGCACUUACCAAUUCAAGCAUUACCAUUCAGUGUCCCACUAGCGGUGUACCAACACCAACUGUCACGUGGACAAAAGAUAACCAAGAAAUCACCAAUGAUGGCAGGUACAUAGUUCAAGUUGAUGGUUCAAUGCUGAUAACUGAAGCUGUGGAGGAAGACAGUGCUCGGUACACCUGCAUCGCAGAGAGUGUUACUGGAAAAGACAGGGCAUCAAGCACGGUGAAGAUUGCGGAGCCCAUUAAACCAGUCAUUGAGGUUUCUAAACCUGGACAAAAGAUUCCCGUUGCUAAUGGCAGUCCAGUGAUUAUGAACGUUGGUGAUAGCGUGACAGCAGUUUCCAACACUACCAUCACCAUUAGGUGUCCAGUUAGAGGAGUACCAACACCAGAUGUUACUUGGGAAAAAGACGGAAAGCAAGUUACUCCUAGUGGAAGGUUCUCGAUCAGCAGCGAUAACACUUUGGUGAUUAAGGAGGCAGUAGUUGAUGACAGCGCAGAGUACACGUGUAGUGUCAAAAGCGUGGCUGGAACUGACAGCGAAUCGUCGACAGUGGAAAUAAUACCGCCCUCCAAGCCUGUAGUAAAAAUCUCUGACAAACCGAAGACAAUAGAGGCCAGAGAUCGAAGUCCCAUCACCAUGACGAUUGGUGACAACGUGACAGCACUUGCCAAUACAAGCAUUACCAUUCAGUGUCCCACCAGCGGUGUACCAACACCAACUGUCACCUGGACAAAAGAUGGUGAAGAAAUCACCAAUGACGGCAGGUUCACAGUUCAGAAUGAUGGUUCAUUGCUGAUCAGUGAAGCUGAUGUGGAAGACAGUGCUCGAUACACGUGCACUGCAGGGAAUGUUGCUGGUAAAAACAGCGCAUCAAGCAUGGUGAAGAUUGCAGAUUUGAAGAAGCCCUCCAUUUUAGUCCAGAAGCCAGGCCCAAGGGUUCCAAUUGGAGAUGGUAGCCCAGUUGUCACACCGGUUGGAAGUCAAAUCACAGAGAUUGCCUUUGUUACAAUCUCGCUGACGUGUCCCGCCAAAGGCUCACCUCCUCCAAAACUCACUUGGAGAAAAGACGGCGAGGAGUUGGUAUCUGGCGAUGGAUAUGUCAUUGAUAACGAAGGCACGCUGACGAUACUACAGGCGGUAUUAAAAGACACGGGCAACUACACUUGUUCAGCUCAGAAUGAGGCUGGUUUUGAGGAAGUGACUUCAUCCAUUGAAAUUUUAGAGCCCCUGGAACCACUUAUCCUACCUCCACAAGGUUCCAUCAUCUCAGAUGACCACAAACGAGUUACCGCAGGAGUAGGUUUAAAGAUUGACGCCCUAAAAGGAGCUACAAUUACAAUAACGUGCGAAGUUAAGGGUGUUCCAAAACCCAAGGUGAGCUGGAGUAAAGAUGGCCGAAACAUUUUACCAGACGAGCGAUUGGUACUGGGCUCUAAGGGAACACUUAUUAUCCGGGACUCUACUCUUGAUGACAGUGGAAAUUACACGUGCACUGCAAGUAGUAGGACUGGGCAGACCAGCAGCACAUCUCCUGUGGCAGUCUCAGUGGCUAGCAAGCCCUCCAUAGAGCGGUCAGAGGACGAGGUGUCCUGGGGAAAAGAGAGCCUUUUGACAGUCGCAGUAGGCAGCAGAGUGGAGAUCAUUAAUGGUUCGUCAGUAACCUUGGUAUGUAAUUCCAGCGGUUUCCCUCCACCUAAGCUGACAUGGACACGUGGAAUUGAGGCUUUACCAAAUGACGACAAUCACGAGAUCGGUGAACAAACGCUGACAAUCCGUGAUGUUCAGUACGCGGACGCAAAUGAAUACACGUGUACGGCUGCUAACCAAGCGGGGCAAGAUGCUGCCACCACUGAACUUGUCGUGAAAGGGCCGGGAAGACCAGUCAUUUUAUCGCGCAAGAUAAAUAUAACAGACGUGGACAGCAGUAAGCCUGUUGUUGUACCCAUAGGCGCCAACGUGACCACUAUAGUCAACGCAACCGUCGUCAUCACGUGCCCCAAUAAGGGCUCCCCUCAACCUAUCGUCACGUGGAGACAUGAUCGGCGGUUUAUAGUGGCGGGGGCAAGGUUCCAAGUGAAUGACACAGCUUUGAUAAUCAGAGAAGUUCGGCUUGACGACGCGGGGCGUUACGAGUGCACGGCGUCGAACCGCUUUGGUCGUGAUGUUCAGUCACUGACCCUCGAUAUCACAGUGCCUCCGUUGAUCAGCAAUGUUAAAGGCUCAUUUGAGAUAACAGACAUACGAGAUCUUGUUUCCAUAACAACCGGGGCCGUGGUUACCAUCCCAAGAGGAGUUGCUGUCAGAAUAAAGUGCAUAGCAACGGGCGUUCCGUCACCAAAUAUAACUUGGUACAGAAGAGGAGAAAAUAGCAAGGAGAAAUCUUUACUGGUGCCCAAUGAAAACACGAAAAUAAUGAAAGAUUAUUCACUCCAGAUAGCUCAUACUUUAGUGGUUGAUGCUGCGUACUACACUUGUGUUGCUACAAAUAUCGCAGGCCAAGAUGAAGGAACAACACAUCUGAAUAUUGGAACUCCUCCAGAGAUUCCAACUUAUUGGCGAGGAGUCAAAUCUCGAUUUGGCGACCAAGCUCGAGACUCGAGGAAAUCAAGUGGUGCAGUAGCUACAGUGGUGAAGGGAGCAAAUUUGAACAUUAAGUGUGCUGUCGUGGGUAACCCUAAACCUACAAUCAAGUGGAUUGUAGCUACCACAGGCCGACAGAGACGUUAUACUGUCCUAAAUGACGGCACAUUGGAAGUUCCAAACGCAGAUUUAGAGGAUGAAGGAAACUACACUUGUAUCGCAAACAACUCUUUUGGAGCACUGAAUAGGACGACAAGUGUCAGCAUUUUAGUACCUCCUGAAAUCCUUGAGCGCCAUUUUAGACAUCUCUACGAUGAAAAACGAAUUGAAGGCUAUGCAAUGGCUCAGAUGGAAGUAAAACGAAGGACGAUAUCCUCCCUCACUGUAGAAGAAGGUUACAAUCUAAUAUUGAUAUGCACUGUGAGUGGAAAGCCUAAACCUCGUGUUACUUGGAGUAGAAACAGGGUGGUGAUCAAGAAUGACACCAGGCAUUUGUUACUACCAAACGGAGUGCUGUUAGUGCGACAUGUUCUGGUCAAGGAGUCAGGCCAGUACAAGUGUGUUGCUACUAACGUCGUUGGAGAAGAUCAAGGAAUUGUGCAGCUCACUGUUAAAGAUCAGGCCAAGGGUUAUUGGAAAGUAACGGAUUGGAGCAAGUGUGAGAACUGCGUGACGCACCUCCGUGGAUGGCAGGAGAGACAUAUCAGCUGUAUUGGUCCGGGUGGUGCCGUUGUUAGUGACUUGCAUUGUAUUCACAAACCUAAACCAAUCAAACGCCAGCGGUGUAUUCACAGAGACUGUCAUGUAAUUUGGUCGGCGUCUGUUUGGUCAGCGUGUUCUCGAUCCUGUGGCUUACAUGGAAUUAAACUGCGCAACGUGAAAUGCGUAUUUGCAAAAAGCUUAAAACCAGCGAAGGGUCAGUGUGGAUGGCAGGAAAAACCGGCCUUACAGGAACCUUGUAACAGAAAAUCAUGCACUAGAGCUAACUGCGUAGACAGAGUCAAAUACUGCGGCAAGGUCAAGAAAAUUGGAAUGUGCGCCGUCUACUCCCGCUGGUGUUGCAACACGUGCCACACAGCAUAAUAGUAAAAAAUAAUAUUACCUAUAGAAAAAUUUGCACAAAUGAACAUUCUAUUUAUUGAACGAAAACUUUUCAAGCAAUUUCUCAAUUGUUUGCCGACUCUACGUCGCGACAUUGGUAGCUGUAGUGUGGACACAAAACUUCAAGGGCGGAGAAGAAAUUUGAGAUAGAAGGAAAUAAGGUUUCCCUGCCCCUCAGAUUUCAUUUUCUCAAUUUGAAGAACAAAAUUGAAACCAUCCGUUUGCGUUCGUAAGACAUGCCGCCAAACAAACGUAGAUUUUUGGCUAAAAAAAGAGAAGAAAACUUGAUCAUCAACGUAAAAAGAACAGUUAAAUAUUGCAACGAAAUAAGUGGCACUUCACUUUAUUUUAUGUAACAAAAACGACCUCUCCAAUUAUAAAUAUUAAUGAAUAUGUUAUUUGCUGAUGUUCGUCAGCUUUAAAGUAAUGGGUAAUGCAUGGCGAUAUCAAAUUUUAUCUAUUAUCUGAGAUACUUGAAAAUAAAACUCUUGGCUGGUAGUG